AUGUUUCUCAGCAACGCGGGCAACAUGUCGAUGGGCGGCGGCGGCAACAAUAACGCCAAUGCCAAUGGCGGUGCAGGCCUUGGGUUUGGCAUGAACAACAACAACGCCAACAACAACCAGAUGCACGGCAACAUGGCCAACGGUAUCCAGUCGCAGGAGACAGGCAAUUCGCAACCCAAUUCGGAAUAUACCCUCGCCGGCAUCCUACAUCAUCUGCAGGGCGAAUGGCGACGAUACGAAAAGGACCGCAAUGAGUGGGAGAUCGAACGAGCCGAGAUGCGUGCGCGAAUCGCUCUGCUUGAGGGCGAGCGACGAGGCGUCGAGAACCUCAAGACGGAUCUGAUGAGGAGAGUCAAGAUGCUCGAAUACGCUCUGCGACAGGAGCGAUCCAAGUAUCUCUCCUCCAGCGCCAAUACUGCCCAGUCCGCAUCGUCCCCGCUCUCCAACACUGCUCCUCAAGUCAAGAACCCUUUGUUGCAGAGCCUCGAGAAGGGUGGCACCAGCAGCGGUCGCAGCUCGCCUGCUCCCUUUGCUGAGUCUGCUCCUACCGCAUCCGCCAUCACCUCUGCCGGUGGUGUCAACGCUGGAGCCCUCGCAGCCGGCCUUCUGUCCAGAUCCACGUCGAGCGCCAAAGACCCCAAGUCGCGUGCCAAGAGCCGAGAAUACCUUAAGCAAUGUCUACAAGAGAUCUCGUACCUCACCUCGGCGUCCACGCUCAAUCCACUCCCCGAUCGUGGCAUCGCCUCGGGCUCGUCGGCCAACGGGGUCAACGUGCAGAGCGCGCUGAGGCCCAGAAAAAUGAUGCUCGAGAGCGUGCCACCUACGCUGUCAGCGGCCGCGCCCACUACAGAGUCACAUGCAGCCUUGGCAGGUUCCAUCAGCCGCGCAUCGGCUGCGACUGCGCUUGGAGUCCCCACUACCAAGGCUGGCCGACCGGGUCGUUCGCCUCUUUUUGCGUCAGAGCCUGCGCUCGAGGAAGCCAACGAGAGCGGGGAGGCCAGCAGCGACGCCGACUUUCCGAGCGCACACGGCCAGCGAGACCAAGAGGCUUCAGCACCGCAGCAACACCAGAGCUCUGGAGCUGCUGAAGGUGUCCCCCUCAAGAAUCCUCUGAGCGCUACCUUUGUCCAGCCAGAAGCCCCUGCUCUGUCGGCUCCGAACCAGUCUGCUAACGACUGUGAAUUGGACGAGGCACCAGCCAGCUCCAAUUCUUCUGACUCUUCGCGCUCCUCGCAAUCGACCGAAUCGCGUGGCACUUCUACCAGUAGCCUGACCGACCAGGAGCCUGACGAGCAGGAGCAAGUCACCGCCAUCUUCAAGCCCGGCGGUCGAGACUGGCAACAACUCAAGGAAGCCGGCAUUAAGGGCCGAGAACGUCGAGACUCGGAGCGUCAGGGUCAAACCACCUCUGAAGAGGCAUCGCUCAUCUCGGAAGCGCAGCAGCAGCUUGCUAUCACAUCGGAAAAGGUGAAUCAGCUCAUGAAUCGCAGCGGGGGUCGAGCACCUGGCUCCGAGAGGAAGGACGAGGAAGACUUGGCCAACAUCAGUCUGGCCACCGAGGACGACGAGGCGGCCAAGGAAGCUGCAGACGCAGCCGCCGACAACUUGCUCUGGAAGUCGAAAAAGGUGCUGCGCAGCCACCUCGAUGCGGUGCGUGCGGUGGCCUUCCUGCCGAAUGAGAUGACGCUUCUUUCGGCCUCGGACGACAACACGAUCAAGUUCUGGAACUUGGAUGUGGGCACGCUCAACCAGCCAGCGGCCAAGUCGGGCACUGACAGCCAGCCGCUUGUCACAUUCCGUGGCCACUCUGCCGCUGUGACGUGCCUGGCGAUCUCGCCGAACAAGCGUCGCUUCUACAGCGGCAGUCUGGACUCGUCGAUCCGCGUAUGGCAGCUGCCUGAUCCCUCGGUGGAAGCGUACCCACCUUUCGAAAAGACGAUGGAACUGGGCUGCCUCGUCGGCCACUCGCAGGCGGUGUGGGACGUGGCGCUGCUUCCGGAUCGCUCGGACGAAGAGGGACGACUUGCGAGCGCUUCAGCGGAUGGUACGGUCAAGAUCUGGAGCGUGCGUAGCGGCAACAGUACCGCAACGAGCAAUGGCGAGGCCAACUCGUCGAGUGCAGCGCCUGCGGUGCUCCAACUCAGCUGGGACUACUUUGGCAGCGAUCCUUCGCCUAGCACGGCCAAGGAACGCGAGAACCUCGAAAAGAGCGGAACGCUGCCCGUGCCUACGUGCGUGGAAGCCUGCCACUCGGAUCUGCGGCUCGUCGCAGUGUCGUACUCGAAUUCGGUGGUCAAGCUGUUCGACCUGGACACGGGACGCCAGGUGAGACAGCUCAAGAGCGACGAGACGUACGACGGCACUGUGGAUACGCAGAUCAACAAGUUGGUAACGCACCCGACGCUACCUCUACUCAUCACAGCGCACGAGGACGGCUACAUUCGCAUGUUUGAUCUGGACACGGGCAGCUGCACGCUCUCGAUGACGGCGCAUCUAGAUGCUGUGACGUCGCUCGACAUCGACGCGUCCGGGUUGACGCUGGUUUCCGGUGGACACGACUGCAGCGUGCGUUUCUGGGACAUUGCCGGUGGGUCGCUGAUGGGCAAGGACGGCGGCGUGGUGGGUGAAGGUGGCGACAAAUCGACGGCGGUGUGCAGGCAGGAGAUGAGUUCGCAUAGGAACAAGGCGAGCGAGGGUGUGCUGGCUGUCAAGUACCAUCCCACUGCACCGUACUUUGCGUCGGCAGGUGCGGAUGGGGUGAUUCGCAUCUAUGGGUGA